UCGAGUAUGUGUGCAUACACAUACACGCACAUACACAUGCGUCUUCUCCCGACUACGCUCGUAGCGGCGAACGGGGAGAAGUAUCGCGGCUCUAACCGGCGAGGAUGUAAUCGAGUGUCGCGAGCGCGAGAUUUUAUUUGGAUCCGGAUGUUUUUUCGUCAUCGGGGCGAUCCACGAUGAACCUGACCGCGGGGAACCCGCACGGCAACGGCUUGCUCUACGCCGGCUUCAAUCAGGACCAAGGAUGUUUUGCUUGUGGUAUGGAGAAUGGAUUCAGAGUUUACAAUUGUGACCCAUUGAAAGAGAAAGAGAGACACGAUUUUAGUGACGGAGGUCUCGGAUAUGUAGAAAUGCUCUUCAGAUGUAAUUAUUUAGCGUUAGUUGGCGGCGGAGCCAAGCCAAUGUAUCCAACAAAUAAAGUUAUGAUAUGGGAUGAUAUAAAAAAAUUGCCAGCAAUCACUUUAGAAUUUAAUGCAUCUGUAAAAGGAGUGAAAUUGAGGAGGGACAGGAUAGUAGUGGUAUUAGAAGGUGUUAUAAAAGUGUACACAUUUACGCAAAAUCCCCAACAGUUGCACGUGUUUGAAACUAAUCCUAAUCCGCGAGGAUUAUGCGUUUUAUGCCCGAAUAGUAACAACUCUUUGCUCGCCUUUCCUGGAAGAAAGAACGGCCAUGUUCAAGUUAUAGAUCUGGCUAAUACAGAGAAGCAACCCUUAAAUAUAGAAGCGCAUGAAACACCUUUAUCUUGCAUAGCUUUAAACCUGCAAGGCACUAGAUUGGCUACUGCCUCGGAGAAGGGCACUCUGAUAAGAGUAUUUGAUACGCAAAAUGGUAACAUGAUUAAUGAAUUGAGAAGAGGGGCAAAUCAUGCAAAUAUUUAUUGCAUUAAUUUCAAUCACGAUUCUACGUGGCUAUGUGUUGCCAGUGAUCACGGAACCGUACACGUAUUCGCCGUCGAAGAUCAAAAAUUAAAUCGUCAAUCUAGUUUAGCGUCCGCCACGUUUUUGCCAAAGUACUUUAGCUCGAGUUGGAGUUUCUGCAAAUUCCAAGUGCCGAGCGGUCCCCAGUGCAUGUGCGCGUUUGGUCAAGAUAACAAUAGCAUUAUAGUGAUAUGUGCGGACGGUAGUUAUUACAAGUUUGUAUUCAACAACAAGGGUGAAUGCACGAGAGACUUUUAUGCACAGUUUCUCGAAUUGACCGACGACAAAGCGUGAUUGGAGGACGAUAACGGCGGUGAAUUCCUAACCGUACGACGAGAAACGACUCAUCGUCGUGUUCCUUCGUUGUUUUUAUUUAUAUCAGCUAAUAAAAAUGGGCGAAUAUGGCGGAAGUACAUUGCUCAUUGAGAUUUGCAAUAUGUGGAUUGUUCAUAGGAAAAAUAACGUCCAUAUCGGAUGUUAUGAUAGAGGACCAAAUAAAGAGUUCUAAUUAA